AGGGGAAGGGCAGAGGCGGGGACCGCGCCCUGGGCGGGAACGGCGCAAUCCUCCCCCUCCGCAUAUCUCCCAGCCCUUUGUAGUCUCCUUUCAAGUCGAGGGUGUCCGAUUUCGGGAUCCGGAGGCGAGCAGCGCCCCUCCCCGACCCCUCCUCCUUCUCCUCUGCCCGCUGGAAGGGGAAAUAUGAAGGGGAGUUUCUGCAGCAGCAGCAGCAGCAGCAACAGCUCAGUGAGGAGGAGAAAAAGCCGCGGAGGAGAAGCCGGCAGGGAAACAGCGACCACCAGAGAGGUUGCAGAGGGCAGAGAAGGCGCCUGAGGAGCCCCAGACGCCUCUCUGCGCGCGCCCAGAGUCCUUCGGGGCGCCCGGCAUGGGGCUCGCCGCCUUGUAUUGAAAGCCCUCCGCGCAGGAGGGGGAGCGCGUGGAGUUCAGCCUCGGGCAGAAGCCGCCGCCGCCGCCGCCGCGCGAGGAGCUGGGACUUGGCUGCCUCCUCCUGCUCGUGUCGCUGGCCCCGAAGAGAGAGCGGGGCUUCUGAUUCCGCCAGGUGGGUGCCCAGAAGAGGCUCUCCAGCCCGCCCGUCAUCUUCUUCCCGCACAAGGAUUUUGUGUGCGUGUGUGGCGGGGGUUGGGGGAUUAUUGGCAUUGCAAGGGAGGCACAAAGCUUCCCGGAGAAGAAAGUGUUGAGGGAGAGGAAGAAAGCGCCGGAGGAUAAAAGGAAGAAAGAGGCGGAAGGAAAAGUGAGAGGCUUGGACGGGGAAGCCGCUGGAGAGCUGGAAAUGUCCUGCUUCUGCUGCAGCCUGGUGAGAUACCUGUUCCUAGCCCUGCUCUUGCAUGGGCUGGGAGAAGGUUCUGCACUUCUUCAUCCAGACAGCAGGUCACACCCUCGAUCCUUAGAGAAGAGCGCGUGGAGAACUUUCAAGGAGUCACAGUGUCCUCACAUGCUGAAACAUCUUCAUAAUGGAGCCCGAAUUACUGUGCAAAUGCCUCCUACUAUCGAGGGACACUGGGUCUCCACCGGUUGUGAAGUAAGGUCGGGCCCAGAAUUCAUCACUAGAUCCUACAGAUUCUACCACAAUAAUACAUUCAAGGCCUAUCAGUUUUACUACAGAGGUAACCGAUGCACAAACCCAAUCUAUACCUUAGUUAUCCGUGGCAAAAUUCGCCUUCGCCAAGCAUCCUGGAUCAUUCGAGGAGGGACUGAAGCAGAUUACCAGCUGCACAACAUACAGAUAAUCUGCCAUAGUGAGGCAGUGGCUGAGAGACUAAGUCAGUUGGUGAACCGCACAUGCCCUGGAUUUGUACGAGAAGAUAAAGCCUGGGAGCAGAAUGUGAGCUACGAUUUAUGGAGAGAAGAGAAUGGCUACGAAUGCACCAGAGCACUGAAUUUUGCUAUGCAUGAGCUUCAACUAAUCCGUGUAGAGAAACAGUACCUUCACCAUAAUUUAGAUCACCUGGUCGAGGAGCUAUUUCUUGGAGACAUACACACUGAUCCUUCUCAGAGGAUGUAUUAUCGUCCAUCCAGUUACCAACCCCCUCUUCAAAAUGCUAAGAACCAUGACCAUUCAUGUAUAGCAUGCAGGAUCAUCUAUCGGUCAGAUGAACACCACCCACCAAUUUUACCUCCGAAGGCUGAUUUGACUAUUGGAUUACAUGGGGAAUGGGCGAGCCAGCGCUGCGAAGUGCGUCCUGAAGUGCUCUUUCUCACCAGGCACUUCAUCUUCCAUGACAACAACAAUACCUGGGAAGGUCAUUACUAUCAUUAUUCUGACCCAAUCUGCAAGCACCCCACUUUCACCAUCUAUGCCAAGGGUCGUUACAGCCGGGGAGUACAUUCAUCCAGAGUGAUGGGCGGAACAGAAUUCGUGUUUAAAGUGAAUCAUAUGAAGGUUACACCCAUGGACAUAGCUACUGCCUCUCUACUGAAUGUCUUCAAUGGAGAUGAGUGUGGGGCAGAAGGAUCCUGGCAAGUUGGGGUGCAGCAAGAUGUUACUCACACCAACGGCUGCAUUGCUUUGGGAAUUCGGCUGCCGCAUACAGAGUACGAGAUCUUCAAAAUGGAGCAGGAUGCCAGAGGGAGAUACUUGUUGUAUAAUGGCCAGAGACCUAGUGAUGGAUCCAGUCCAGACAGACCAGAAAAGAGAGCCACCUCAUACCAAAUGCCCUUAAUUCAAUGUACUUCAUCCGCACCAAGAGUAGAUGAAACUUUAGAAGAAAACAAACUAGGAUGGUACAGCAGUGGAGCACCAGCAAAAAAUCCCUGUGCUUUUGUUUUGGUUAUGAUGCUGGCUGUUAGUACUGUGCCAACGUUGGGCAUUUACAGCUAGAAUUGCAUUUUCAAAUGACUCCUAUCAGGGCAAGUGUAGGACUUAGGCUACAUGGGGAGAAGAUGUCAUAAAGCAUCUUAACAGACAAAAAAAGGACAUUUUCUUGAUGCCUGAAGAACUGUUGUUCCUUUUAUCCCCCUUGAAUCAUAAAUAGCACCAGUUUGCUUCUGCUUUGAACUUCAUCCAAUCUGAUCCAUGGCCUGACAUGACUGCACAACAGUAAUUGCACUUUAAAACUGCAGUUCUUCACCCUUCACCCUGUCUUCAGUUUGUUCUUUGGAAGAAAAACUUAUUGGGCUGAACUAUCUUACACAACUUUUCAUCUACCAACUGUGCUGUUGCAGUUGCUCCUACUCCCCAAAUCAGUUUCAUCUUUGAAUUUGAUUAUCUAGAAUUAUGCUUUUAUCGUAUUGUGUCAAUACUGAUAAACUGUAUUGUUCUUAUGUUGCAGUGUAUAUAUGUAUAUAUGAAAAAUCCAACUAAGGAUGUAUCUUAAAUACACUUUUAUAGAGUUUACAUAAAAUAUUAAAUGAUCUUUAGGAUCAAGAAUGCUGAAUGGAAAAUCUCAAAUUAAACCUGCACAGAUAAUUUAAAUGAUUGUAUAUAUAGGUGGUGAAUUUAAGAAUAAUCAGAGAUUUAGAGUGACAUAUGGCACCAAUGUUCUUUAAUAAGUUGCCCAACUUAUCACAGUUCAAAGCAAUUUCAGGGGUCCACCAACCACUUUCCACCAACUUUGAAAAGGCAAAGACAAAGGGAAGAAAGCAACAAGAUCUCUCAAAUAUAGACACCAAGGUGAAUUACACCAUAUCUUCAUAAGAAAUUCAGGAUAGUGGACCGUUUGCCAAAUGCAAUGCACUUGACAUUCAUUUUAUUAGACUGGGCAAUUCAAUAAAGUAAGCAAGGCUUAAUCUUUAUCUUUAUAUAUUUAUUUCUGCAAGACUUUUU